UCUCCACCAUAUUAUGUUGGUACAGUUUUUACACUGACUUGGACGCUGGGGAGCCUAUCUUUGUGUGAGAGUUCCUUUGUAAGCAAAAUGCUCUGAGUUCAUAUUUAGUAUUCAGUCCGUGUUUCGUAGGCGCAUCAACAUAACAGCAGCAAAAUGACUGGCUGUUCAGCUGUUAAGUGCAAGAAUAGAACAGAAGAUGGAGUUGCUCUUUUCACAAUAACCAAGACGAGACGCCCGGAGUGGCUGAAGAUCCUGGGCUUGCCUGAAUCUACACCGCUGCAGUCCCGCAUUUGUGAGGUUCAUUUUGAGGCCGACCAGUUCCAACUGGACAAAUCAGGAAGGUUAACAUUGAAACCUGGUGCUGUUCCGACAUUGUUUGGCUCAAAUUUAAAACACCAACUCAGGCAAGAGACAGUUUCGACCGUCACCUGCAGUCCAAUUACUGAGGAUGUUUGGAGCUGCUCUCAUGGAACUGCAAGCAUCAAAUAUGUUGGCGCUCAGGCUGUGCUUCGGAAGCAUGUAAUGAAGGAUGCCACAAAUCUUCAGGAAAAUUUACAACCGAGCCGUUCAUUGCCCAGCGUCAAUGCGGAGGAGAUACUGAUAGAAAACAAGAACUUGUUAAUUGAACGUGAGGAAUUGAGGAGAGAAAACAAGAACUUGUUAAUUGAACGUGAGGAAUUGAGGAGAAGGAAGGCCCAUCUUUUGAUGGAUGUUGAUUGCCUCAGUAAACUCUUGCGCAGGCUGGAGGAAAACCCGUCCCUACUGCGCCAGUGUCUCUGACAGCGCGUUCUCAUUUUUGUUUUAUCAUAGAAUUAUCCGCUGAAUGCAGUCCUGUGCACGCCCCUACAUUGUGGCUUCGUAAGUGCAAAGUCUGGACAAUUUUGUCAAAUUUUUUUCCGGGAUCACCUG